GAUACCACCAGCAUUAUCGGGUCCACACUCUUAUCUGCUAUGUUUUCCGCAAUCUGUAUCGCUAGACAUACAGGUUUGUUUGAUAGGACGGAUACUGUGGAGGGAAGGGCGCCAAGAACACAGGAUUGUGCUGGGCUUAUGUCUGUGUCGUGCGCCACGGUAUAUGCCGCUCCCAGUAGGGCGUGCGCAUGACUAUACAGCACCUGCUAUCUAUGGUCUAUUGGCUCCCAGGCACCUGACCUCGCUUCCCCCCAGUCGCCCUUUGACCACACCAGUGCUCCUGCCAUAUUCAUCUCACCGAGCACCAAGGACCAAAAGGCUGACCCACGCCCCGCUUCUUGGUUUCAUGUGAAGCGUACUCCGUAUUCUUCACUACCCUUCGCCCAGGUCCUGUUCAUAAAUAGCGUGCAUCUACUACGUUCAGCUAUCAGAAGCACUCCAUAUCAACCUCGUUCAUUUCUACCACGAACAUGGCGGAGAACACAUAUCACACCGCCUUCAGGACAACGUGUAUAUCUGUGCCAAAUGUAAUUAAAGCAAAUGAGGACAGGUAUCUUCUUCGUCACCUACAACUGCCGAACGGGAUUUGGCGGAUGAUCGGAGUCUUCGAUGGUCAUGCAGGCGAAGAGUGCGUUAAUUACGCUAUUGAAACAUUCCCUGCCUUCCUUCAGACCGCCUUGUCCGCUGCACUAGAACAUAUCGACGACCUCUCUUCUUCUUCGUCAGCUGUCACUGAUACUAUCAGAAAAGCUAUCAUCGAUUAUGACAAUCAGAUUCUGAGUGAUUUUCUCGACCUUUUUCCCGGAGGAGUUGAGGCCCUGCAAUUACUAUCCGACGACGAGAUCAAGUCCAUUGUCAAUGAUUUCGACUCUGGUGGAAAGAACAAUAUCAAGGUUCUCCGCUGUAUGCGAGGCAGCACACUUUUGUUUUCCCUUCGAGAUCCAAGCGGCGGAAACUUAUGGGUUGCAAGCCUUGGUGAUUGUCAAGCUAUACUUGGAAGGAAGGACUCGACCGGCUUAUGGCACUCUUCUGUCCUCAGUUCUGAUCACAAUGGCCACGAUAUUGACGAAUCUGAUCGCGUCCAACGCGAACAUCCAGGAGAGCAAGAUUGUAUCAUGAAUGACAGAGUUUUAGGUGCUAUUGCCGUUACUCGAGCUUUGGGAGAUCACGAAUUCAAGAUACCUGCGGUGUAUACGCGGCGCGUUUUUUUGAACACUCAGCCUGGAUUUCGCGUCUCCUCCAAUGUACUGGAAUUUAUCGCGCGCAAUAAAACGCCUCCUUACCUGUCAAAUGAAGCUGACGUUCGGCAUGUGGAUAUGAAAUCUCUCGACAACACAGAGAGCUUUUUAAUUCUCUGUUCCGACGGACUUGUCGAUCUCUAUAUGUACGAUGAACAACGCACUGGUCCAUUAGAUAAGAUUGUGGCCCGCUGGGUCAAGAUUGUGGGUGACAGCAUCGCUCGUGGCGAUGCCGAUGUCGCCCCAUUGCUUUUGUUACGCGACGCUCUUGACGGAGAUGGCCCCGCCAGAGUAGUGCGCAAGGUAAUUGUGGAUGGUGAUGCUAUUGAAGAAGACAAAGGUAGAAUUCUGCGUAACAUCGCGAUGGAGAUGCCAGAUAAAUGGAUGGAUGAUAUUACGCUUGCAGUUCAACGUCUCUAACAUAAUAGCUACUUGCGCUCUCCGCCAACUUUGCGAUGACAACAUCCAGAAAUCUUAUUAUCUUUAUGACCUU